AUGGCUCCCACUGCCUCCAGUAGCAAUCAGACGAGCGCAACGCCGCCGCGCCUGUCGGGGACCUCCCGUGAUGGUUCCUCAACCAAGAGCUCCCCUUCGGAGAAAAAGCGAACGACGCCUUCGUCUCAAAAUGCCCCCAAGGUGAUUGUAAAGAAGGAGCCCGCCUCGCCCGCCAUGCAGCCUCAUACCCGGCCUCGACCCCGGAAAUUGGAUCUGUCGAGUAGUCUCCCAACCUCUGGGGGCCUGUCGGCGCGGCCGCCCGGGGGCCCCAUGACAGCUCGCGAAGGCGUUAAUAUGCAGGAAGUCGGCAUCGCCUGUCUGUCUCCCGGCUUCCAAACCCAUGAUCCCAUCAUGCGCGAACAGUUACAGCGCAGCCUUUCCGUCCGUGAUCAACAGAGGUCCAUCAUCGAAUCGCGACUGCAAAGGUCGGCGAAGGAUGACGGCCCAGAUGGCACCAGACCGUCCGAGGCGUUCGGUGCCCCCAAGAGCUCCAAAAGAAAGCCGCCCCCGGGAUUGUCAAUCGUCCCUCCGUCUGCAACCCAAUUCGCGAAUGAGCGCGUAAUCCAAUCCGCCCCCUUGAAUCAGACGUUCACGGGUCGACAGCAAGCGCAGCCGUUGACUCGCCACGUCGUCAACCAAAGCCCUACUUUGGGAUCCACCUCUCAUAUCCAUCAUCUUCCUGCCACCCAAACCAACAACCGUCUCCCGCCCCUCUCCGACGUGUUUGGAUCCGAUGCGUUAGGUACACGCGAACGGGAUGUGAACCGCUCUCAGUAUUACCAAGGGACUUCAGCUUCCAACUCUUCGCAAUCGAACAACCUUCCCCCCAUGCCCUCUCCACGGAUCCCGGGAGCUUCUUCCCAGGCCUCCAUGCGGCCGCGUGAAUAUCGCUCUGCCGAAGAAGCUGUACAGGAAAUGUCCGGCGGACGGGAAGAGCUCUUGCCUCGAAUUGUACACUACGGAGGUCACCAACCGCCCACCCCGCCGUCUCCACGGAUCGCGAAUGGUCCCAAGUCCGCUGUACCCCAUCUGGAAUCCGUGGCCAUGGCAAAUGCAUCCGCACCUGCUCCUCCACCGGUGCACUUCUCGACCGAGGGCACCGCGCGUCGGCGCCCUCGGAGCGAAUACGAGCAGGAUAACGGAAGUCCUCCCUUAGGCCACGGACCGGAGCCACACUACCGGCCAAAUCCCGCUAUGAGCGGAUCAAGUGCCGCUUAUGGACCGUUCGGGGCGGGCAGAGACUCGCCCGAGACGCAACGGAGAAAGAAAGAGGAGUUCUUGAGUUUGUGUGCUCGCGCGUGGGACUUAUUCCACUCCUGA